AUUACUUGUCUCUAUCAAAAUGCAUGUGUUUGAUCAUCUUGGGAUUCAUCUUUCUGAAGCCAAAUACCUGGGUUAUAGUUGUGAUUGAGUACAAGCUUUCUUCUCUGAUAGAGAAGUAGAGAAACUGCUUUCUAGCAUUGCUUGAUUUGCAUUUUCAAAGCAAAACAGUUAAUUUACAAGCUCAUGAAUCAUUUUAAAAAAAGAUGCCAAUCUAUAAUCAAUUAAUAGUUUUAUUUCAUUUUCUUAUUUGGGAAAGUGUGAACUAAUGAAUGUGUCCCCUCGCUGUAUACUAAAAUAUGUCUAUCUAAUCUUUACCGAAAGGUUAGACAAGAAUCCAUGUAUGGAAAUUGAAUAUUGGGCUCUGGAUGUUUUUAUGAAAAAUGAUAUCCUUCGAUGACCUUGGCGCUUUUUUCCUCAUUGUUUUUUCCUAUUUAAAGAGUGUGAGCUACAAUUUUGCCCUGUUGUUCAGGGCAAAUUUGUAGGAUUGAAUGGGCUGAAACAUUUGAGUGGGACUUGUCUUGUGUGAAACUGAAUAGAUUGGAUGUACCCUUUUGGAUAAAAAGAAGUGACCCUAGAGGGGGUGUGCUGAUGUAAUGUGCAUUGGACUGUUCCUAUAGUUAAGACAGGUGUUUUAGAGAAUGCUGAAGUCAUUUCUUGCUUUUGUAACUGCCUAUCUUGCGACCUUUAUAUAUAUAUAUAUAUGUAUGUAUGUAUGUAUGUAUGUAUAAACACGUAUGGAGGCAAGCAAGUUUGCUUCAAGUAAGCUGCACUUGGAGACAUUCUACUGGAAAUCUUUGGUGUGCUGUAGGAUACCUAGAUGGUACUGCAUCUGAUUGACUGACAUUUAAGACAUUGCUUAUAUACACAAUACUGCUGCCUAGGUUUUGGCAAUCAGGAAUGGUUUUUAUUGAAAAUUUAGCUAGCUAAUUUAAAGUUCUGUAGUCAAUAAUAUGUUUUUCUGUGGCCAUCUAAAUUGUUGCCAAGGGGAAUAUUCACUAUGCUCAUUAGGGCGGAUUGUAGUAUUUUAGCGGACUUAUGAUAUGUUGGGACUGUCCAAGUAGAAACAUGAUAAUAUAGUAAGCUAAGAUUACUUACUAUUGCUUAGUUGUCAUAGUUGUCACAUCUUCAUUGACUGGUCCACCUGUCAUACCUUAAGUGGCCCGUGUAAAAAUAAAUUUCUCUUUUGGAG